UCCACUUCUGAUUACAUAACUCUGAUCUUUUAAAUAGUUUUAUCUUAACCACCUGAGAGCUCUGCUGCUGUGUGAAAUGCCUCAUCAAAUGGUGGAACCACAGCUGCUAUGGGGGAGGCCAGCCGAAAGUGAGUCCCACCUCCUCAUUCUGAAGUAGCGGAUGUGUUUUACUGUUUUUCUCCGUCGUACUUUCUCACUUCCCUCCUUUGCUUAACUACUACCCUCGGCGUUGUUAGGCAGGUGCUAAUAUAUUUCAUCUCUGUCUUCUAAUUAGUACUGACUUCAUAAAUGGCUUUUGAGGGCAUCCAGUAAUAACGAACGAGUUUAAAGGCUUUACUUUUUUUUUGCCGGGAGGGCGGCAGCCGGCAUUCCGUCAAAGUAGAUUCCCCUCCUCAUCUCUGAGAGGGCCGACGUGUUUGGACCAAAUGGUGGCCGGAGGACAGAAGACAAAGACCCGGAAACAGCGAGACGAGACGAGGGGGCCUGGGGACCGAAGACGUUAACACAAGGCCUACUCUAUUUCAGAGACUUUUGAGGACUCUGGGGAAAGAGGUCAGGUCACUGUUGAGAUCUCCAGGGAUAGGAGCUACUACCUGAACACAGGAGCACAGCACACGCAGAGGAGUGAUCGGCCACCGUUGACUACCUGGAGCCUCUGAAGCUCCAGAGAGAUACAACCCCUGAGGUCCCUGAGACCUUGUUUGACGGGACCACAGACACCUAGAGGCGCGAGACUCUCGGAGGCGACCAUGAACAACGUGGAGGAGAUGUCGGUGAAGUGCGUCCUGGUCGGGGACACCGCGGUGGGCAAGACGGCGCUGCUGGUCCGCUUCACCGCCGAGACCUUCCCGGAUACCUACAAGCCCACAGUGUUCGAGAACACGGGGGUGGAGGUGUAUAUGGACGGGGUUCAGAUCAGCCUUGGGCUGUGGGACACGGCUGGCAGCGACAACUUCCGACAGAUCCGCCCGCGGUCCUACCAGCAGGCCGACGUCGUCCUCGUCUGCUACUCCGUGGCCAACCCUAACUCGCUGGCGAGCGUCCACAACAAGUGGAUCGCCGAGGUCCGGGAGUACCUGCCCAAGGUGCCGGUGCUGAUCGUGGCUACCAAGACGGACCUGCGGGAGGCCGGGGCGUACCGGGGCAGCUGCAUCUCGGCAGCAGAGGGGAGGCGCCUGGCUCAUGAGGUCCACGCCAAAGGCUACCUGGAGUGCUCGUCCUUCGGUAACCGCGGCGUGCAACAGGUGUUUGAAUAUGCGGUACGGACGGCUGUGAACCAGGUCAGGAAAAGGGCCAGGCGACGGAUGUUUGGCAUCAACCAGUGCAAGGUCUGCUGACCUUUGACCUUGACUUGGCGGGAACCCAAGCCUUUUUGGAAUGACUUUUGACAGGCCUGUAUUCUUAUGUAUUUAAAAAGGCGAAUGUGUUGUAGUACUUUCAAGAAAGAGACGUAGAAAAUAAAUUUGAUUCUUCUGAUCCGUCUGUGAAGUGAACCACAACGCGUCAAACGCUUGGAUUUUAAGACGUCUUCCAGAAAUUCUUUAUGAAAAACUUUCGCUGUGAAGAAUAAAGCACUUAAACCUUUAAUAUUAAAAGGUACACAUCAUCACUCAGAGAGGGAAGAAUCCUAAUAUCUCAGUUUGCAGUUGGAUCAGGAAAUUAAGUUUUGAAUUGCAGCGUAAAAUUAAUAAGUACCUUUACUACCACAGAUAAAAUGACAACUGGGUUUUGCAGUUGCAUUAGCUUUUUACAGAUUUGUUGAAGUUUAUUCUCAUGAAAUGUAAUAACUAUGACAUCAGUAAAUAAUGGUAAGUGCAUGUUGUCAGCUAUGCUCCACAUAUAAUAGACAUAAUUUAUGUAUACAAAUAUAUAUAUAUAUACACACAUUUAUAUUUUAUAUAUGUAUAUAUAUACAUAUAUAAACAGACACAUUUAUAUAUACACACAUUUAUAAAAUGUAAAAUCUACAUACAUAUUUUUAUUAUUCGAAAUGUUGACUCAGACAUUUUCUUUUUUACAGUCAACACAGUCUUUAAACAUUAAUAAAACAAUUGUGUUGGUAUACAUGAGAUCAUUGCUUCGUUUAUUUUAUAGAAUUUUUAUAUUAAUGUCGGAUCCAAAGACUUAAAAAAAUCUAUGACAAAGUAAAGUGACAUGAAACAUCAACAUUAUCAGAUAUUUUUUGACACUGCAUUACUUUUUGUGAAUUUAAUUUGUUUUUAUUUAACUGUACUUCCUUUUAGAGAUUAUGAGAAAGUUAUUAAGACAUGACAUGCUGCCUAUGUUUCUUGCAAGCGUUAUCAAUGAAUUAUGCAACACAUUGAGACAGUAUUGUUUAAUUCAUAAACACAGCAAAUAAAAGACUGGGAAAUCAUC